GGUACCUAGCCUGCUAAAGCCGCGCAUCUUAGGCCUAGAGGAUAGGUGAAAUACUUAAUUCGCACGCUAAUGAAUCGCUAUAAGCCUUUGGAAGACGAAUGCGACAAACGGCGAUUAUCGGAUAUUAUUAGGCCGAAGAGGAAUACCUGAAUACCUGAAUACCAGCUGCUUUCUCUAGCUUUUAUUCUUUCCUCUUGACCCCUUAUCCUCUUCUGCGCAAUUACGAAAAUAAUAUGUCGAAACUUUCAGAGGCCGUCAAGGCGCUCAUAAACGCCAGCCACGCGCGGUCUGGCUACACUCCCUCGUCGGCAAGUGUGCAGACUGUCCUAACAAAGUUCGCGAGCGACGCUGCAGAAAAGAAGGUCGGAUUACCGGCUUGGGUGACUUUGUCGACAGCCGUCUCAGCGACGCUAAACUGCCCCGAAGCCAUGACGCAGAUCUUCCACCUAGCCAACUCGACCACGACGAACGACGAGCAGCGCACACCCGUUCAGAAUGCCGAGCUGAUCCGCGAAGUCGGGCUCAAGUGUAUCUCUUUCAACGGCAUCCCGCGCAGCAUCAACACGCUGGGCGCAUUCCGUAAUAGCCUACCCGCCGAUGUCGCCUCAUCAUUGAGUACGACUCCGACGCGCGAGCUGACGCCAUCUAACCUCGAGCUUCGUAAGCGCGACGGUCUCGCCCUCUGGGAUAGCGUCUACGUAGGCUUCGAGCGCAAGCUACUCGACAAACUAGCCCAGUCGCAUCCGGAUCUGCCCGUCCACAUCCUCAACGGCCACUACUCCAACUUGCUAUCAAACCCACGAGGCGUAGAUGUUCCUGUGAAGGUCGGUCGCGUACUCACGUCGCUUGUGGCUAUCGCGUGUUUGCGCACACAGACCGGUGUCGGACCUCAGGUUAUCUCGCAUAUCUUUGGUCUACGGAAGGCGUACGAUAACGGCGACGCGCAAGCCGAAGGCGAGGAGCCUGUCGAGGGCGGUGCAUGGCUGGCUACCGAAGACGGCAAUAUCUGGAUAUUGGAGAAUAUUGAUAAGUUAGUCAACGUGAUUAGCAACGGCGAAGGAACUACAUUUGCGCCUGGGUUACGGGCUAAAUUAUAAGAAGGGCAUAGUACACGGAUACUAAACCAGCUAAUGACGUGCUCAUGUGCUCAUCAAGGGAGGGUUAGGAUAUCUAAUGUAAAUGAAGUUACGAAACUGUACAUGGGAAUAAGAGCUUGAAUGAUAAAUCAAUAUUCAUAUAGGUCUGAGAGAUAGAUAUUAGGUUAGGAGGUAGUUUAUAUAUCUACCAUAUAAGCAGUUUGUUUAUACAAGUUU